ACGGCCCCGCCUUUUCCUCCCUGUCGCCGCCGGGACUUCCGCCGUUCUGGUUGUGUGUGUGUUUGUGUGUGUGUGAGAGAGAGUGAGUGAGGGGAGGGGGGAGUUUCCUUUGGCCGCCGCCGCCGCCGCUGCCCCGCUUUGUGCGCCUCAGCUCGCCCAGGGGCCACCGAAGGCGCGGAAAGUCCUCCUUCCCCUUGAGGUUAAGCCCUGGGCCUCCAAAAGUGUGUUACCCUCACGUUGAGGCUAAAACAUUAAUUUAAAUGGCGACUGAGCUGUCUGAAGCCGAUCCCGCACACCGUAAGGCAGUUCCACUCUUAACAGGAGCUCCCCUGGACAAGUUGAGUGAGACAGUCGAAGACAGAGCCAUGCCGAUCCGCCGAGCGGUGAAUGCUUCUUCUCGGGAAACGCCUCCCAAAAGCAAGCCUGCUGAAGCCGAGGAAACGAAGCCAGAACCGGAUGUCAGCUCGGAAGAAUCCGCCUCCACCGUGGAGGAACAAGAGAAUCAGGUGCCCCCGGCUGCCCCUGCUGAGACAGAGCAGCCAAAGGAGGCCGAGGAGGAGAAGGCAGAUGUGAAGCCUGCUGAGGAAGCCAAGAAGGAGGAGAAGGAUCCAGAGAAAGAGAAGGAGAAAGAGAAGAAAGUGAAGAAGACCAUUCCCGCCUGGGCCACACUUUCGGCCAGCCAGUUAGCCAGAGCGCAGAAACAGACGCAGAUGGCAGCUUCCUCUCGUCCCAAGAUGGAUGCCAUUUUGAUCGAAGCAAUCAAAGCGUGCUAUCAGAAAGGCGGGGCGUCAGUGGUCGCCAUCCGAAAGUUCAUCAUCAGCAGAUACCCUUCGCUGGACCUGGAGCGGAGGGGGUACCUCCUGAAGCAGGCCCUGAAGAGGGAGCUGGAGCGGGGCGUCAUCCGGCAGGUGAAAGGGAAAGGAGCGUCUGGAAGCUUUGUGGUGGCCCCCAACUCAGGGAAAACGGGCUCCAAGGCCAAAGACCGGAAGCGGAGCUUGUCGGCCUCCAGUGCAGAGCAGCACGUGAAGCUGGAGGACAUUCUCCCGCUGGCCUUCACCCGCCUCUGCGAGCCCAAGGAGGCCUCCUACAGCCUGAUCAAAAAAUAUGUCUCCCAAUAUUACCCCAAGCUGAAGGUGGACAUCCGGCCCCAGCUGCUGAAGAACGCCCUGCAGCGGGCGGUGGAGAAGGGCCAGCUGGAGCAGAUCACGGGCAAGGGGGCUUCCGGCACUUUCCAGCUGAAGAAGUCGGGGGAGAAGCCGUUGCUGGGCGGAAGCCUGAUGGAGGACGCCAUCCUCUCCGCCAUCGCAGCCAUGAACGAGCCCAAGACCUGUUCCACCACCGCUCUCAAGAAAUACGUCCUGGAGAAGCACCCUGGCACAAACUCCAGCUUCCAGGGUAGGACCAGUGCAGCGCUACGGGGAAAGGCGCUCGGAUUCUGCUCCCCAGUCCACCUCUUGAAGAGGACUCUGCAGAAGUGCGAGAAGUACGGCUGGAUGGAGCAGAUCUCCGGCAAGGGCUUCAGUGGCACCUUCCAGCUGUGUUUCCCCUACUACCCAAGCCCCGGCAUUCUGUUCCCCGAGAAGCAGAAGGACGACAAGGAAGAGGAGGAUGAGGAUGAGGAGGAAGAGACAGAUGACGAUGAGGAGGAAGAGGAGGAGGAAGAGGAACCGCCUCCAAAGAAGAGGAUGCCAAAACGACCCCCACCCAAAGCCCGGAACAGAGCCCCUCCCAUGGUGAAGCGACGGGAGGCCAAGCCCACCGCCCGGAAGGCUCCCCUGGCGCACCGUGGGAAAGCGAAGCCGCCGCCUCCACCACCACCGCCACCCCCCAAGGCUAAGAAAGCCAAGGCCAUGCCCCCAGCCCGGCCGGCCGUCAAGAGCCUCUCCAGCACCAGUCCGGCUGCCAAGAAGAAGCUGGCUGCGGCGGCGGCGGCAGCAGCGGCAGCGAGUGCCAAGCGGGACCGGAAGCCCUCCGGGAAGAAGAGCAAGACCACCAUGCGGAAGUCGCUGAGAGCAAAGAAGUAGCCGGUGGGUGGGUGGGUAGGCAGGGGAACCGCUUGGGUGGGGAGGGCUCCUUUUAUAAGUACAGCCCCCUCCCCUUCUGUUUGUAAUUUAGUUCUGAGGCUUCACCAUCUCUUGUCUCCCUCCAUUUCCCCCACCCCAGCAGUGGAGAACCGCAGCACUUCCCCCCCCCCCACUUCCCUCCCUCUGCCCGCAGCCAGCCUCUGGGUCUAAGCAUUGCAGGUAGAUCCACACCAGGUUUUUUUUUUUAAGUUUAGCCCCUUUAAGACUUGGGGACUCCAACUCC